AUGGCAAAAAACAAGAAAUCCUCGCUCAAAAAUGCUCUUUCUUCUCAGCAGUCGAGGCUCAAGAAAAAGCAGGAGGUGAAGCAGGCCGUAGAGCAUCAGGCUAUGAAGAGCAAGAGCAAAACAAAAGCCCCGCCGCAACGCCCGACGAUUCCAUUUUUGCCGACGGACAGGAUCCUAUUGAUUGGGGAGGGAAAUUUCUCGUAUGCUCUGGCCCUCGUCCUUCAUCCUCCUCUAGGCCUUGAGCAUCUUCCCUCUGAAAACGUUACGGCAACUGCCUACGAUUCGGAAGACGAGUGCUAUACGAAAUAUCCCGAGGCUAUGCAAUACGUGCAAACUUUGAGGGAGAAGGGUGCUCAGAUUAUGUUUGGAGUAGAUGCGACAAGGUUGGAGAGGUGCUCUCCACUGAAGGGCAAGCGUUAUGAUAGGAUCGUCUGGAAUUUUCCUCAUGCUGGAAAGGGUAUCACUGAUCAGGACCGCAACGUCCUCUCGAAUCAAACUCUUCUUCUUGGAUUUUUCCGCUCCGCUGCGCAAUUUCUGAGACCCGGCCCUAUACCUCAAGCAACAAAACCCCGAAAACGCAAGCGGGCCCCCGACGAGGACGACAGCGAUCCGCCGACCGAGGACGAAUCAGAGAAGGGCAAUACUGGUGCGCGAGGGACUGUCCUUGUGACGUUGCGAAACGUUCCGCCGUAUACAACAUGGGAUAUUCCAAGAUUAGCCAAGAACCCCCCUCCCCCACAUACCAUCAAUGUCAAACCAAACCCCCCUUAUAUCAUCGUAAGAUCGUUCGCAUUUCACAGAAGUGAUUGGCAAGGAUACGAGCAUCGUAUGACGAAAGGAGAGCGUGCCCACGGGACAGGUACCACGGGUGCAGGAGGUGAAGAUAGGACAUGGGAAUUCUGUCUCAGAGACUGGUACACGGUGAAGCAAUUAGCUUUGUAG